UACUCAGCUAUGUCAGAAGAUGAUGAGAGAUACAGGUUCAUCUUCGACACAGUUUCUAAAUAUUGUCCUACCGAAACCGGAUGGGACGAAUUCAAAUCCUCAGUAGAACUUGCUAAGUUUUGUGAUGAUGCAGCUACACCUCUUCUUUCGUGUGUCUUUGCUAAGCAAGGAGUGUCAUUGCAGCUCCAAGUGGCAGAAAACGACGCUCAACAGAUUGUCUUCUUGAAAAACAAACCAUGCCUCCUGGAUGACAAGAACAUGAAUUCCGCUCUAGCUGUCACGACCAUCACAGAGACUCCUUCUCAAGCUCUUUAUCUUGCUCUUAGCAAGAUUUACUAUCCGAUGGUACGAAAUACAGUUGAUGCUAAGUUAGAGAAGCAGCUGUCUCAACUUGCAGCCUCUCUUGGACAUGUCUCCAAAAAACUCGCCCCAUCUUCUGACAAUUUAGAGGAUAUCCAGAGUGUAAAGGAGGAAGUGACAUACUGGGAGAACUUGGCUAACAGGAGUAACAAACUGAGAGACCGAGAGAGGGCACAGUCGGUAUUGGAGUUCCUGCAGCCAAUCAGCAACGACAUAACAUCUCUCGAGUCGACCCCGCUAGAUAGGUGCCAUGAUAACAUGGAGAAGAUACAGGACUAUCUGGAUGACUUGUGGAAGAUGGUGCCGGAUAGUGGAGCUCCAUAUGGCGAGGCCAGGAUGAGGAACCUGCUUAGGGUUCUGGGUGACACGUGGACAAGGUAUAUACAACGGGAACUGAGUGCUUUGUCAGUUUGGGAAGACAAGUACCACGACAUCAGAGACACUCUUGGCGGAGCAAUAUCAGUGUGUGAUAGGUUCCACAGGACUACCGAUAUGCUUACUGUACAGUUCUGGAAACGGUACAGCGCACAGCCAUGGCUGGGAGACAAGUUCGUCAGCAAGAGUGUCCAGGACCUGUCAGUUCGGUUGGAGGAGAUACUGAACAUUAGAGUUGUUCACGAGCAGCUCACCAGGUUACUGUCAGAAACAGAACAAGGACAACUGAACACCGCCACCGCUUUCACCCCUUUCUCCCAGCUCAACUCUCUUUACAACACUCCCUAUACCUUGACAAAGUGGCGUGCUGCUGUAUCUCAAUACGAGAGAGGUAUGGUUCCAGCAGAGAAGAAGAUCUCCGGAAAACUAAAGAAGCAUUUCCAUGAGAUCGGAGCUCAGCCUCAUCAACUUCUCAGAGAGUUUCAGAGGUACAGAGAGCUCGUAAUGAGACCAGCUGUACGAGAUGAACUUGUAGCGGAGCGGGAAACUCUGCUCGCACAGCUUCUCACCUACGUCCGCUCCCUCAAGGACGAGUUCAGCAAGCGCACGUCUGGGUACGGUAAAGAUAAGAGCACACUACAGACUGGUAAGAACCUGCCCGAACUGAUUAACGUUGUGGUGUGGGUCCGACAGCUGAUAGGGAGAGUCUCUGACACGAACAGCACUGCAGUGAAUAUCUUGGGAGAUCUUCAGGGGUUCCAGAGCUUUACUGGGGAGUGCGGCGCGUUACAGCAGGAGAUGUCUGCUUACAUGAACGAACAGGUUGAGAUAUGGGUGAGUGAAGUUGAGAACCUUCUGGAAGACACAGAGAACCCACUAGCCCUUCAGAUGGGUGGUAAACUCAUGGACUUAUCACAUUCUGAUGGAAAGCUACGUGUAUUCUACAGCGAGAGGCUAGUCUCCUUACUAAGAGAAGUAAGACAGCUCACUGCACUAGGAUUUGUAAUUCCCACUAAGAUUCAGAGAGUAGCAGCUACUGCUCAGAAGUUCUACCGACAUGGGGUGGUUUUGAAACAGGUUGAGAAUUUCUACAACUCGAUAGACGAACAGAUGCUGGAAUGUCAGAAGCUGAUGAUGCUGGACAGUGCUGUUAGCUUUGAGGAGACUAUUAAGAACCCUAAACCAGGAGUCAAGGGUAAAGGGAGUAAAGUUCAGGUCACGUGGGAUAAUCCAUCAGAGUUAGAGUCCUACAUCAACAGACUGCAGGGUGCAGCUGACAGACUCACUAUUGAGAACAGGAAACUUAGGAAAUGUCAUUUUGACAUUGCUGACAAGGUGGUUAACCUGAUGAGUAUAGAAUUGUUAAGACAACAGAUGAGAUGGAAGGAAAGUCUGAAUGAGAUAAGAGGAAUCAUGACCACACUUCACCAACAAGGUGUCUCUAAAGAUAACAUGAGACCAUGGAGAAUACACUGGGAUAGACAGCUGUACAAGGCACUGGAACAUCAGUAUCAGAUGGGCUUAGAGAACCUCAACAACAACCUAUCUGAAAUAAAGAUUGAGAUAGUGUACCGGCAAGGCCAGCUCGGGUUCAGACCACCACUAGAAGAAGUAAAAGCCAAGUAUUAUCGGGAGAUGAAGAAGUUUCUUUGUAUCCCCAACCACUUCAAAGGACUGGACGCUCCGAUUAGUAACGAGGAAGGGAAGGUGAUUUUCCCUGCUAUAAUCGACAGAAAUGCAACUCAUUUCUUCACUGUAUACUCUAAAGCUGAAUUCUUAUUCCAGAGGCUGGCUAAAGUGCUGGAUCAGUUCAAACCGUGGGUAGUGUUGGGUAAUAUUGAUAUAGAGAUGAUGAUAGGAGAGACCCUCACAACUACCACUGACUGGGAACUGAACUUCAAGGCUCUGAAACAGAAGGGAAGAGAAGCUGAGCGACUGCCCAGUGAGAUAAAGGUAGACUGCCUGACAGUCAGCACAGCUCCAGUUAAAGCCACUAUAGAUGACCACAUUCAGACUCUAAUGGACACUCUGCUGUUGACUCUGAGACGCAGUGCCAUGUCUGACAUCAACACUAUUGACAAGUUCAUUAUUGAUGGCAUGGACAUUCUCACCACACGUCCUCAAACCGUUGAAGAAGUGGGAGCAGCUAACAAAGAACACGCAGCACUAACCGCUAAUAAACCUUCUGUACAGCCCCUUUUCAAGGAAGCGGAUACGAAGAACAGGCUGCUCCGGAGCGUAGCAGGAAGUGGGGUGGAACAAAUAACAGAGCUCCAGACGAAGUGGGACAAGCUGGAGCUCUUGAUGGAAAGUCACGAACUUAUGAUCAAGGAACAGGUGGAGGUUAUGAGAGGCAACACGAAGGCCCACGUUAAGAAGUUUGCAAGUCAGCUCUCUAAGUUCACUGCUCGGUGGAAUCAACUGAAACCCAAGAAUAUAGACCUUGAAGGCGAUGCACUUAAAACAAUAGACGGUUUGAAAGAAAGACGAUUAGAGUUCCAGGAAGUGAAAGAAGCGUAUGGGAAGAUAGUGGAAGAGUGUGAACACUUUGGUCUCAAACCACCACCAUCUGAUUCUAUUGAUCAGCUUGACACCCAACUUACCGAGCAUGAGAAGAUGUGGGCGCUAUACGAGGAGUAUUCCAGUGAAAUGAAGAAACUGGUGCAGGAGGACUGGGUCUCCUUCAGAGGAUCACUCCAUCAACUUGAGGACCUCAUGAUAUCCUGGUCCGAGAAAAUGAGGAAUGAGAUCAAGGCUCAGGGUGAACCAACUCCUAUGAUAGUCAAGAUUCAAAAAGAGAUAGAGAAGACACAGGACGUUAUACCUUACCUAAAGUACGUCAGAGGAGAACAUCUUUCAAAUAAUCACUGGGUCGAACUCUACAGAAUUAUUGGUCUGCCCCGGACUACAGACAUUGCCAAAUUACGAGUCUCCGAGCUGCUCAACAUGUCUGAUAAGAUAAUAGACAAUGUGGACGCGCUCAAAGAGCUGAACAGUCGAGCCCAGGGAGAGGUGUCCAUCAGAGACGCCCUUACUGAGUUGGAGGUCUGGGGAGCAGGAGCCGUGUUCUCACUAUCAAAGUAUGAUGACACCAACGGAUUGGAGGUACAGAUCAUCAAGGAUUGGAAGGAAAUGCUGACUCAAGUCGGGGACCACCAGUCUUUACUGCAGUCCCUGAAAGACAGCCCUUAUUUCAAAGGAUUUGCUGAUAAAGCUGGAUUGUGGGAGACGAGGCUUGCGUCUCUUGAUUCGUAUCUACAUGACUUGAACCAGAUUCAGAGGAAGUGGGUAUUCCUGGAGCCUAUAUUUGGACGGGGAGCUCUGCCCAGAGAACAGGCUAGAUUUGACAGAGUUGACGCAGAAUACCGUAAGAUAAUGUACGGAAUAGCGGGAGAUCAUCGCCUUGUUUCCCUCUGUAACCAAACAUCUCUAUCCGAUAAACUCGCUAACAUCCUCGAUCAACUCCAGAGAUGCCAGAAAUCACUGAACGAAUUCUUGGAAGAGAAGCGUAGUGCGUUCCCGCGUUUCUACUUUAUUGGGGACGAUGAUCUACUGGAGAUUCUGGGGCAGUCCACAAACCCUGUCGUUAUUCAGUCACAUCUCAAGAAACUCUUCGCUGGGAUGUACGCUGUCGGCUUCAGUGAAGAUAAGAACACGAUAGUGAGCAUGUACUCAGUGGACGGUGAGACGGUGCCCCUUGUCAGUCCUGUAAAGAUAGUACCCCAAGUUGAAGCCUGGCUAUCUGAUCUGACUGAACAAAUGAAACUUACUCUUCAGCAUCUGGUCGUGCAAUGCGUUAACGAACACAGGAAUGGCUCAGCAAGUCCUACAAAGUACCCAUGUCAAGUACUAAGUGUGGCUGAACACAUCCUCUUUACUGAACGGUGUGAGGAGGCGCUAAAAGGUGGUGAUUUAAACGGAUAUUUACUGGAAUUAGAGGGACAACUGGACUCUUACACCAGUACUGAUAUUAACCCUACUGGUCCUGAAGACAGGGACGCUAUAGUUCUGCAGAUAAAACUACGAUCUCUGAUUCUGGAUCUGGUUCAUAUGUUAGAUGUGGUGAGAAAGUUAGCCAAUGCUGGUGUUAACAGUAUUGGGGACUGGCUCUGGCAGAAGCAACUCCGAUUCUACCUUGUGAAGGAUCAAGUAGUUAUGAGAAUGUGUGACACGGAGUUUAAGUACACCUACGAAUACCAGGGAACAGCUCCAAAACUAGUCCACACCCCGCUCACUGACAAGUGCUACCUUACUCUUACUCAAGGAAUGCACUUAGGAAUGGGUGGCAAUCCAUACGGCCCAGCUGGUACUGGCAAAACAGAGUCUGUCAAAGCACUGGGUAACAUGUUCGGUAGGCAAGUCCUGGUGUUCAACUGUGAUGAGGGUAUUGAUGUGAAGAGUAUGGGCCGAAUUUUUGUUGGUCUGGUGAAGUGUGGAGCCUGGGGUUGUUUUGAUGAGUUCAACAGAUUGGAAGAGGCCGUGUUGUCAGCAGUUAGUACUCAGAUCCAGGUUAUCCAGGCUGGCAUCAUGAGGAACACUCCAACACUUCAACUCAUGGACAAGCAGGUUAAGUUGGAUCCUAACACUGGAAUAUUUGUGACGAUGAACCCGGCUGGAAAAGGAUACGGUGGACGCCAGAAGCUUCCUGAUAACCUGAAACAGCUGUUCAGACCUGUUGCCAUGACAAAACCUGACAAUGAACUUAUCGCCGAGGUAAUAAUGUGCAGUGUUGGGUUCAAGACAUCGGAGGAGCUCUCUGGUAAGCUGGUUGCAGUGUUCUCGCUCAGCAAACAGCUGCUAUCUCCUCAACAGCAUUAUGAUUGGGGUCUCAGAGCUAUCAAAACCGUCCUGAGCAGCGCAGGUAACCUCCUCCAGAUAGCAAAACAAGCAGGAACUGUCACACCAACCAUGGAGCAGGAAGUUUCAGUUCAGUCCCUCAGACUCAAUACCCUCUCUAAACUUACUUUUGCGGACUCGAAACGGUUCGAUUCUCUUCUCAAAGACGUGUUUCCUGGUAUCGAUCACAAGGAUAUAGAGAAAGAAGCUCUUCGUCUGGCUAUCAAGGAAGUAUGUUCUGAACAAGACCUAGUCUCCAUGGACACUCAAACAAAGAAAAUACUGGAACUUCAUGAACAGCUAUCACAACGAAUGGGAGUUGUAGUGGUGGGACCCUCUGGUUGUGGUAAGACUGUGCUGUGGAAAACACUUCAAACUGCCAUGUGUAAGAUUGGGAGGGAGGUGAAGGUGUACACUAUGAACCCUAAAGCUCUGCCAAGACACAAACUGCUGGGUUCUAUUGAUAUUGAUACUAGAGAGUGGAGUGAUGGUAUUCUUACUUACGCUGCAAGACAGGUAGUAAAAGAGCCAGUUCACAUACAAAGUUGGAUAGUAUGUGAUGGUGACAUUGAUCCAGAGUGGAUUGAGUCUCUAAACUCCGUAUUGGACGACAACAGACUGCUGACAAUGCCUAGUGGAGAGCGAAUACAGUUCGGACCAAACGUCAACUUCCUGUUUGAGAGUCACGAUCUUAGCUGUGCUUCUCCUGCAACAAUCAGUAGAAUGGGUAUGAUCUUCUUGAAUGACGAAGAUAUGGAUAUAAAGGCUAUAGUGGGGAGCUGGCUGUCCAAGCAGACUGAUAAUAACAGCCUGGAGAACUGGAUUGAAGACUAUUUCUACAAAGGACUCGCCUGGUGUCAUCGACACAAAAAGAACUUUGUAGUGAAUAGGAGCACUGUUGCAACUGUAAACAUGGGACUAUCUCACCUGACUGGGGCGAGGACCAAGCCCCAGUUUCUGUGUGGUCUUGUCAGAGGAUUCGGAGCGAACCUGCCUCUUACUGAACGGGAAAGUCUGGCUAAAGAGAUAUUCAAGCUGGGUAACGAGACUGUACCCGACAUGUCAGCUAUACUGGAUACCUACUACUCCCCCAAGUCCCAGAGACUUGAGACAUACCAACUCCAGGUACCGGACUGCAACUACAAAGAUUUCUCGGAGCAGCCUCCACUAAUCAGCACAUGUGACACACAACGAGUCAGAGAUCUUCUCGACCCCUGGAUCUCCAAAUUGGAACCCUUCGUCCUGGUGGGACCUGAGGGUAGUGGCAAGAGUCUCCUCCUUCAGACCAUGUUCAAGGAGUUGAGCAGUACAGGUAUUGCGGUAGUUCACUGCAGCUCCGAGACCUCCCCCAGACAGGUCUUACAGAAACUCCUCCAAUUCUGUAGAACUAUGAGCUCCAACGUUGGCCGGGUACUCCGACCAAAAGAAACAGAGAAACUAGUCCUGUUCCUGAAAGGAAUCAACCUGGUGAAGCCUGACUCCUGGGGCACCUCCAUGUUAUCCUCCUUCCUACAGCAACUUAUAACCUACCGGGGAUUCUACGAGGAUAACCUAGAAUGGGUUAAUCUGGAGGGUGUUCAGAUUGUAGCGACUAUGUCUGCAGGAAACACUCUGGGAAGGUACGAGCUGUCUCCACGUCUGACGAGUAUUAUGCACGUGGCGUAUAUGAGUUACUCUGGGCGCGAGGAGCUACACUCCGUGUAUAGCGCCUACCUCUACCCUCUCCUUCAAGUCCAGGUGUCAAAUCACCCAGUAUGGGUGGCGCCUAAGAGCGUACAGGCUCUAGCCAGCAGUAUGAUGAGCGUGUACGAGCAGGUCAGGGAGAACUUUACCUCAGAUAUGUACCCUCACUACAUCUUCAACCCCCGACAUCUCACUAUGUGGACACUUAAUCUCACCAGAUACGAUGCAGUGAGUGGAAGUGAGCACGGAACCUCAGGACCCCUCCUCCUGGCCUGGGCCUACGAGGCCCGAAGACUCUUCAGGGACAAGUUGGCUAGCCAGCAACAUGUGGAGAAGUUCGACGGUAUCCUAGCAACUGUGCUGCGCAGCGAUUGGGGAGUUGAUAUCUCCCUGCUGGAUAAAAAGUACUUUGUAACGUAUGGUGAUACGAGUGGAGUGACUGUUGCCUCCCCACAUGGCAAAACUCUGGGUCUGAUCUCGAGUAAAGACUACAAGGAGAUCAUUGCAAAGGGAGCUAAAGUGUACAGCAGGGAAGUGCGAGAUUUGAAGCUUCACUUCUUCCCAGAAGUAUUGUCCAGCAUGGCACUGGUAGAGAGAGUAUUGACGGCUCCCGGUGGUAAUCUCCUUCUAGCAGGACGAAGUGGAGUUGGUAGGAGAACCGCGAUAUCUGUCAUUGCUCACAUGCACAGAAUGCAGGUCAUCUCACCGAAAGUGUCCCGGAACUACUCUCUCAAACAACUUAAGAUUGAUCUGAGGAGUUGUGUCCAGGCGGCGGGAGUGGAGGGAGAGCAAGUAGUGCUGUUGUUAGAGGACCAUCAGCUCUUAGAUCCUACCUUUUUGGAGAGCAUCAACUCUUUGCUUUGUUCCGGAGAAGUGCCGGGUCUCCUUACACCAGAGGAGCUAGAUACUCUCAUAUCCCCUCUCAAAGAACAGCUCGAGACAGAUGAGUUUGACGGCACACUAGGCCAGUACUUCAUCAGACGGAUAAUGAGAAAUCUGCACAUCGUCUUCAUCCUAGACAGCUCCAACCCUAACUUCAGGCCACAAUGUGAAGCCAACCCAGCUCUUUAUACUAAGUGUCAGUUUAUCUGGCUGGAAAGCUGGGCUCCCAACACCAUGGCCCGACUACCCAGGAUGGUGAUACCAGAGAUAGAGAAGAGAGAAGCAAGUUCCAUGAUACACAACUCUGUAGCAGACAGCACUCCUCGUCAGUACCUGGCCUCACUGGACGUUUACAACAAAGUCCUGGAUACGAAGAAGAGGGGCAUCAAGAAAAAGCAGGAGCAUCUGAUCGCUGGUGUUAGUAAACUUAACGAAGCAAAAACUCUGGUGGAUGAUCUGAAAGCAAAGGCUGCGGUGAAGAGCAAAGUGUUAGCGGAAAAGCAGAAGGAGGCUGACGAGGCGUUGAAUGAGAUCACAGCAAGAAUAGGACAAGCUUCUGAAAACAAACAAGAGAUGGAGGUACUGAAAGGUAAGCUUGGAGAAGAGACAGUUAAACUUGAACAAAGGAAGAAGGCUAUUGACAUCGAGCUGGCGGAAAUUCAACCGCUUGUUGACGAGGCUAAGGCAGCGGUUGGCAACAUCAAAUCGGAGGCUCUAUCCGAGAUCCGCUCCCUAAGAGCUCCUCCUGACGUGAUCAGGGAUAUCUUGGAAGGAGUUCUACAGCUGAUGGGUAUAUUCGACACCUCCUGGGUAAGUAUGAGAAGUUUCCUUGCCAAGAGAGGUGUGAAAGAGGAGAUUAUAUCAUUCGAUGCGAGAAAGAUUGCUCCAGAGAUCAGAAAUUCAGUCGAAGCACUCCUUCAAAAGAACAAGAAAUCAUUCGACCCUAAGGUAGCCAAGCGAGCAAGUGUUGCAUGUGCCCCGCUAGCAUCAUGGGUGAGAGCUAACGUACAGUUCAGCAUCGUUCUGGAGAAGAUAGGGCCACUGGAAGGCGAACAGAGGGGGCUGAUGAAGAAGGUGCAGAAGUCACAGAUGCGAGUGGAGAAUCUCGAGAAGGCUCUGGACGUUGUGGAACAGGAGGUGGCGGAAAUGAGAUGUCGUUUCGACAAGAGAACAACUGAGGCUAGUAGGCUUGCCAUUGAGCUGGACCAGGCCACGGAGACUAUCACUGCUGCUGAAAAUUUGGUUGGGAAACUUGUUGGGGAACACACGAGGUGGACAAGUCAGGUAGAGGUCCUCCAAUCAGAACUGGAGGAGUUACCCCUCCUGUCCCAGGUAGCGGCCUCUUUUAUCACCUACCUUGGAGCAUAUCCUGAGGAUGUGAGGGCGGAGCUAGUACGGAAGUGGAGUAAAGAGGUGGGAGUGUCACGUUUUGAACUCAACAGGUUCCUGUCCACUGAGAGUGAGCAGUUACAGUGGAAAGCGGAAGGGUUACCCUCUGAUGCGUUGUCAGUUGAGAACGCCCUGAUAAUACUGCACGGCACCAGGACCCCCUUCCUUAUUGAUCCCUCGUGCAGGGCUUCUUCCUGGUUAAAAGAAAACCUGAAGAACCAAAGACUUGAGGUGAUUAAUGCUAAUGAUAAUGGGUUUAUGACAGCACUUGAGCUGGCUGUCAGGUUUGGAAAGACUCUUCUGAUCCAGGAGAUGGACACUAUAGAUCCUGCACUAUUCCCUCUACUCAGAGGUGACUUUAUAUCUAGCGGUCCAAGAUCUGUAGUUCAAGUUGGAGAAAAGUUGAUGGAUUACAAUGAAGAUUUCAAAUUGUUCCUGACCACACGAAACCCUAAACCGGACUUACCACCAAGCUCUGUGGCGCUGCUGAGUAUCGUGAACUUCUCGACCACCAGAGCUGGACUAACAGGACAGUUAUUGGCAGUGACGAUACAGCACGAGAAACCACAGCUGGAGGAAAGGAAGAGCGCCCUCCUGGCGAAAGAGGAAUCCCAGAAAGUGGAGCUGAACAAGUUGGAGGAGUCGUUACUUGAGGAGCUGGCAAACGCUCAGGGCAGUAUCUUGGAGAACAAGUCUCUGAUUGAGAGCCUAAACCAGACGAAAAAGAACAGCGUGGUGAUCAUGGAGGCGCUGACUGAGUCUCAGAACUUGCAGACGUCUUUGGACGAGGAACGGAACAUCUACCUGAAGUUAGCGGAGACCGGAGCUACACUCUAUUUCGUGAUUAAAUCACUGAGUUCUGUGAACUGCAUGUACAGGUUCAGUCUGACUUCUUUCUUGACGGUCUUUAAGGAGGCGCUCCAAGCUAAAACCUCCAGCGGAGACAAAGACAGGAUCGAGUCGCUUGUGGCCACUCUUAAAGUUCUGUUGUAUGAGAGUAUCUGCAGGUCGCUGUUCAAAGCGGAUCGGCUGAUGUUUGCACUGCAUCUGGUGCAUGGCAUGCACCCUGAAAUGUUCAACGAGAGCGAGUGGGAGCUGCUAACCGGACAGAUAGUAACCGAUACCAUGUUGAGGAGACAAGAGUCUCAGCAAGCCAUGGCAGAGAAGUACCCCUCCUGGAUAUCAGCAGAGUUGGUACCAGCAGUCGCUCUCUUGGAGUCAGCAACUCCAGCUCUCUUUAGAGAACUACACUUGGAGGACGAGAACUUGUGGAGCAACUUCGGAAGUGCUAAGGAGUGCGAAAAGGAGAUUCCUAGGAGUGUCAGUAGUCAGGUGUCUGAAUUUCAGAAGUUGCUGAUAGUCCAGACUCUCAGACCAGAUAGGUUGAUCAGCAGCAUGCAGCUGUUUGCUCAGAGAGCUCUGGGAGUCCGGGAACUGUCACCGCCGGUUGUCAACUUGAAAAGGUUGUACCAGGAGCAGACCAAAUGUCAUGAACCCAUACUCGUCCUCAUCUCCCCCGGAUCUGACGUGAGUCAGGAGCUUCAGGAACUUGCUCACCAAGUUGUGGGACCCACUAACUACGUUCAAGUUGCUAUGGGCCAGGGACAGUCCCUAUACGCGCUGCAGCAGCUGAGAGAGUGUGCUGGGAAGGGAAUGUGGCUGUGCUUGAAGAACCUCCAUCUAGUAAUAGCUUGGGCGCCAGUGCUUGAAAAAGAGAUCAAUGCUCUCAAACCACACCAAAACUUCAGACUGUGGUUGACAGCUGAACCGCACCUGAAGUUCCCUCUAGUCCUACUUGAGAGCUCUCUAAAAGUCACAUACGAGUCGCCUCCUGGCGUGAAAAAGAAUCUGCUCCGAACCUACGAGGCGUGGACUCCUCAGUUUAUUGAGAAGGGACAUCAACCUGUUAGGAGCCCCUUGUUCGCUCUUGCUUGGUUCCACGCUAUCAUCCAGGAGAGAAGAAACUUCAUUCCUCAGGGCUGGACUAAGUUCUACGAGUUCAGUAACGCUGAUUUGAGGUCAGGUGCAGAUAUUAUAGAUAGACUCUGCACCAGCACUGGCAGCAUUCAAUGGGACUUCAUACACGGACUGUUUGAGAACGCAGUCUUCGGAGGCAGGGUAGAUAACAACUACGAUCUGGAGGUUCUCCGAGCUUAUCUUCACCAGUACUUUGACCGGGAUGUACUGGGUGGGAAGGGAAGGAAGAAGCUUGCUGGUAUCCUGGAACUCCCACUCUCAGUCAACCACAAAGACUUCGUGAAAGCAAUCACAGCACUCCCUGAAACUGAUACACCUGCUAUGUUUAACCUACCCCAAAACGUAGACCGAUCGCAACAGAGAAGCGUGGCUAAAAGCGUGCUAUCUCAGCUAGUUCUGGUUUCCCGACCUAACCUGGAGGACGAACAGUUCGACAAGGCCCGCUGGACCAAGGAUCUGUCCCCAUUCCUACACUUAUGGAAGAGAUUAAACCAGGGCAGUGAACUUGUGAAGCUAUCUUCAGAUCAGAUCCCGAACCCUGGGGAGAAUGACCCACCUCUACUGGCCUUCCUUCUUCUGGAGAGACAAGUUGCUAUCAAACUCCUGCAACUAGUCCACACUGAUUUGUCCAGAAUCAGCAAGGUCAUACGUGGAACUCUACUCCUGACAACCGAUGUGAAAGACAACGCAACAGCUCUUCUGAAGCACGAGGUUCCUGGUUCCUGGUGUAGGAAGUGGGAAGGACCUGUUGCUCCUAUACACUGGCUACGAUCUCUAGUUAGCAAGACUUUAGCGCUUGGAGGCUGGGUGGAGAGAUGUCAGGCUGGUGCCUUGCUCACAUCCCCUGCCGACUUAUCAGAACUAUUUAACCCUGCAGUGUUCCUGAAUGCUUUAAGACAGGAAUCAGCCCGGAGACUGAAUCUACCGAUCAACAGUUUAGAGUUUGUUUCUCACUGGGGACCCAGUUCGGGACUAAGCAAAGCUAAAUGCCCGGUAACUAUCGAGGGGUUGACUAUUGAAGGGGCUCUGUUUGAUGGUCACAAGUUGGUGGAAUGUGCCCGAGACUCACCCUCCAAUUCUCCAAUCUCCAAUUGUAGUGUAGCUUGGGUACCAGCUGGACAGGGUGGCAAUAAAGACAACCAGUUGGAGACACCAGUAUAUUACAACAGUUUGAGGGAGCAACAAGUUACAUCUAUCAGGAUACCCUGCCCGGGAUCACCAGCACUCUGGAAACUUAAAUCUGUGGCGCUCAUACUCAAGAAUCAGUGAUUCAUGUUGGAUCAAACCAGUGUAUAAUAAUCUAUAAACUGCAAAAAGACGUUUCACUUUUUGUUUAAUUUGUGUUUACUGUGUAGGUUUUAUUUAAAACGAAUCGGUGUUAUUUAAAAGUAAUGUAUAGUGUAUACUCUGUACUCUGUAUUGUUUGAAAAAUUUGACAA